GUGUAUGUGUAUGUGUGUGUAGAUCAUCCCCAGUCGAGUCCGGGACUUAAGCCACGCCGGUUACACACGACGCAAGUCACGCCCGUUUUUUUAAUAUAUUUAUUAAUGAAAUCGAAUCUACAAAUUAAAUUUAAAAGAAAAAAAAGAACUAACCAAUCGACGAGUUUAUCGGUGUGCAUGUGAUUGUGUGUGGUGUAUGUGUGUACGUGUGUGAGUGGGGGAAAAGAAAAGAAAAAGUAUUUGUAAAAAUCAAAGAUGGCUAUUAUGAACUAUUGAAAACAAAUUUGGACGUGAUUAGUAGAAAAAUGGCGGCCAUCAAGCACAACGGGUUGAGCCAUCAGGGCAGCAGCAGCUGUAGCAGUAAUAGUAGUAGCAAUGGUAGUAAUAAUGGUAGCGUGAUGGGUGAUUGUCAUGGCACCACGGAUGGAGGAGAUUCAUCAUCUGGAUUUGAAUGGGUCGGGGCAUCAUGCGGCCAACAUGGGACCUACACCUUGUACAAAGCGGUGAAAUUGUCCAGCCAAUCAUGUCAUCGACGUGUCCUGGCAUUGGGCGACUUCUUCUUUGUCAAAAUGUGGACGGAUCAAGAAAUCGUCUCGAUAGGAGAACUCCAAUUAUUGUGGGAGGACGAAAAGUUUCCCGUUCACAACAACGGGCAUAAUCAUCAUCAUCAACCAUCUUCUUCAUCGCCGCUGGCCAGUCUCAAGCUGUACUUUUUGCCCGAAAACACUCCCGAUGGACGACAUGAAGAACAUGGAGAGGAUGAGGUGGUUUCCAUCUCGGAAAAGGUCGUUUUGAAAGUUUCCGAUUUGGCGACAUGGCUGGUGGACGACGUCAAAUGGGAGAAGGGCUUGCCUUCCGUCUGGGAGCGCCACUGCCCUACUCCGCCGCCGUCUCCACCGGAUUCGCCCGACGAGGCAGAUUCGACGGAGGCCAUUCCGGCUGCUGGAUCCAACAUCGGCGUGCUGGACAUGCGCGACGUCAUCAAGGAGAAACAAGCCAUCGGUGACGCCAGUUCGUCCAACGUUCUAGUAUUGAGUUAUCCGGCUUACUGUCGCUAUCGGUCGACAUUAAAGCGGCUGGAAGGGCACAACCAGACGGAUUACAUGCGCCAAGCUGUGGUCGAAGCCAUUGGCGGACGGGCAGCUCCGUCUCCAAACACUCGCGUCGUCUUUUGUAAAGAUACUUUUGACUACCCAGAACUCGAGGACCAUGAACUUUUGUGCAAUCAUCUCGCACCCAAAUGGAAGGGCCGCCCGAAAAAAAUGCGCAGCAAAAAGAGAAGCCAUUCGCCCGGAUCAGAAUCCAACGAGUCGGAAUCAUCCGUCAGCACCGUCACUUCAUCAUCCAGGAGCAAAGAUUCCCCCAUGAAGCCCGGAAUUCGUAAUGUUCCUGCUCCUUACCGAGCUGGUGAUCGACCCAAGGGAGAGCAAGUAUUCAUGCAGAAACUGCACAAAUUCAUGGCUGGACAAGGGACGCCUAUUGGCCGAUUGCCCAGUUUAGGAUUCAAACAACUGGAUUUAUUCCUUUUUUACACAAAAGUUCAACGCGCGGGCGGCUAUGAAGCAGCCGUGGCCAAUAAACAAUGGAAAGGGAUUUACAUCGAGCUGGGCGGACAUCCCAGCAAUACCAGCGCCGCCACUUGCACCCGACGUCACUAUGAAAAGUUGUUGUUGCCGUAUGAACGACAUGCCAUGUCACUGGCGGCGGAAGAAUCCACAAUGGCCAGCACUUCCGUCGCUACUCCGCCAAAGAAGCGCAAAAUUUCUGAUGUUUCUGAUCUGCCAUUCGAGCUCGCGGCAGCGCCGGUAGAGCACGUUGAAGAUGAGGAGGACAAGAACCAACAGCCGCCAUCUAACGGUGGUGGUGGUACGGAUGUAGGACGGAUGGAUCGGUUGCGGAUCGUCGAAAGUUGCCUACCGCCCUCGGCGGAAGAGACCUCUAAAUCACCAAAGAUUGUCGAGAGUUCAUUACCAGGUUCCGUUAUUGUCCGACAUCCACAACCGCCACCACCGCCGCCUCCGGAAGCACCUGAUGAUGGUGUCCAUUCCGAGCCGGAAAUCAUGAUUCUGUCGCAUCCUCCUACAACGUCUCAACCUAUCGCCAAAGUGGCUGUGCGGAGUGACUUGACUCGUCCAGCCGACGACUCCCUCUCUUCAGAGGUACCAACGGAGAUGAAGGAACGUUUGAAAGCGAUGACUGAAUCGUCUAGUUUGAAUCUGGCUGGAUUGAUGGCGGCUGGCGAUCCAGCAAAUUUGUUGGCCGCCGUAGCAGCAGCGGCAGCUACCGGCGAUGCAAAGCAACUUUCGGCACUUGGAGAUUUGGCUCGAUACGCACAGCAGUUGGAUUCUUCGGGAUCAAAAAUGAAUCGCAUCAAAGAAUCUAAAAUCCAUUCGGGAAGUAGUGAAGUGACCAAAGACGGAGACAUCCGCCGACCGUCGGUUAUUCAAAAGAUUGUGGUCGAUAGUCCAAAGGCAAACAAGGGCGGACAGCAGCCGACUGGUUCGUCGGCGCAAGGAGCCGGAUUGGGACCACCACCACCAGCUCAUAGUCAGAAGCCCAUCACUCUGCCCAGCAUUCCGGCCGGAGAGGUUCCGGCUUCGGAGCAGCUGCGCCAGUGGUACGCACAGAUGCUUUCGGAUAAAGCCACGGGCGGCAAUCCUUUACCAGCAAGCGCUGCCGCUAUGCUGGAAUUGACUUUGAGACCACCCGCUCCAGCCGCAGCUACUCCGUCCAUCUUUGUUCCAUCCCGUCGCAUCUACGUCGAUCCCAAUUUGGACAUAAAAAGAAAUCGAACCACGACAAACAACACUCUUCCCGCUGGAUCUUCGUCUGCCAUUCCGGCUGCUCACUCUAAACCAGCACCUGCAAUCAAUAACAACAAGAUUCCUCCGGCUGUCAACUCCGGACCACCUCCGCUGCAAAACAUCACCCCACCUCGACCUGCUCCACCUCCGCCAGCACCAACCCAGGCCAACCAUUCGCUAUCUCGCUGUUCUAUGCCGACAUCUCAACAAGUCCCCCCGGCACGAUCCUCCGCCAUUCCACUGGUUGACUUGACUAGCCGGUCCAUUAACAAUAUGAAACAGGAAGAUCAUCAUUCCAGCAGAAAAGGACAGCAGCCGUUUCCCGCUCAUUCUUCCAGCCACAUUGAAGUCAAUGGAAAACCUUUGCUGGAUUUGAGCGGCCACCAACAAAAUAAACUUCCAGGUCUAUCUAAACAAUGGAACAACUCACCUCGAUCCGGCGAUGUAUCGAUUAGCCUCAACGUCAAAAUCGAUGGCAGCGGCGCUGAGGGUAAAAUAUCCAGCGGAGCCGGAAGUAGUUCAAACUCACAACGCCACUCUGUUUCGGUUGUUCCUCUCGUCAAAGAAGAGACAAGUUCAAACUCUCGGCACCGGAAAGAAAAAGAGAUGAUGCGGAUGGAUCGUGUUUCAGUUACUCCGCAACAACAGCAACAACAACAACAACCACAGACACAAAGUUAUCCACGAAUGGUUGAUAGUUUAGUGACCAUGAAUGCCUCGUCAUCGAGUGGAGCCUCAUCAAUGACCAAAUCCGGACCAACAAUGACGUCGUCGCAUUACGGCGGAUCGUCAUCGUCUUCCGGGGCCAGUAAACCGACCACAUCCAGUUCGUCAGCCGGCCUUCACGCUGGCUAUCCGCCGUUACUGGAUCCGGCACUCGCAUCCUACUAUUCAUCGCUGUACUCGUCGCACAUGUACAGCCUUCCAGUAGGCGCCGGAGCUUUUAUGGCCGCUGCAGCCGCUGCAGGUCCCCCACAGCUUCACCAUCCGCCGACGUCGUCCGCCAUGUUUCAUCAUCAUCACCACCAGCAGAUGAUGCAGUCAAGUGCGGCGGCCGAAGUAACAGCUCAAGCCUAUAAAGAUAUGAUCCAGCGCGGGUAUCCACCAGCCUUGGCUCCGGUACUUCCUCCCGGAUUAAGUGGUUUGCCUGGAUUAAGUUCGCUAGGAUCUUACGCCUCCAUGUACUCUUCGAUGGGAGGAGGCAAAGAUCCCACUCCGCCCGAACGUUCUCUCCCGAAAUCAUGAAAGAGAAAAUUUGAAAUUUGAUGACAAUUUUGACAAAAUAUUUGAAAUUUGUUUUCAUUCUUAUGUGUGUGUGUAUGCUUGAGUAUGCGUGUGUGUGUGCGCGCGUGUCAACGAUUUUAUGUUUCAGUUUGUAAAUGGAUAGGAGCUUUUACGUUUGGAGGCGACCAAUGUAAUCAAUUUGAGAAAAUGUAUUGGCCUCGACUGAUGUGGUUGACGAUGGCGUGAAAUCCAUUCAGUCUAGAGCGUUUUCUUUCUCCAAAAUGCUGUUCAUUUUACAUAGUGUUGUCUCUCAAGAGCUUCGUCGAUUGAGACGAAACAUCUUGUGUCACAGAAUCGUUUGGCAAUUAUUUUGUAUAUAAAAACAUUUCCCUUCCACCACUCUCUUUCGAUUGUACGUUACAGCGUCGUUUCUCAUCAUUCUUAUUCUAUUUUGCGUUUUUUUUUUCUUUCUUCCCUGUCCUUCCAUUACCUCAUUUCGUGUGUCAUGUUGAUGCCUGACUGGCCGUCUCUUUGAGUGUAUCCCAGCGAAGAAAACGUGAUGUACUCUCGCAAGUACACUGCAUUAUAUUUCUA